CCUUGUACCAUUUCUAUUUCUGCUUCCUAUUCUCUCUCUCUCUCCCUCAUUUCUUCUUACACACAAAAUCAUCUCUGUUUAGAAUUAAUUCCCAUAAUUUCCCCUCGGAUUUCGUUUCCUUGGAUUCUUUCUCUAACCUUUCUCCUCAUUUUCAUCUCUCUGUAUAUUAUCAUUAGAUAUAAAACAUAUAAUACUGUAUAUAUAUUUGUGUAUUUAUAUGCACGGAGAAUUGAUUUUCCCUUUCAAUUCUCUUCUAUUUUUCCUGUCUGUAUAACCCAACUCGUUUCUCCAUUUCUGCAUUCCUCUCCUUCGAUCAGACCCAGAUUUAAGCUAUUUCUUGAUGACUGGAAUCCUUGGGUCGCCUUUACAUUAUUAACUCAUUCUUUUAUUUUAUUAUAUUUUCCCCCUUUAGGUGAUAGGCAUUUUGUUGUAGUAUACCGUAUUGAAGGAUUGGUAAUGGUUUGGCACUUUGAUGUUUAAUUUAUUUUAGACAAAACAGAGAGACGUUUUGGGAUUUUUUUUUUCCGAUUAUUGGCAUUUUUCUGGAUCUGGUGGUGGUUUCAAGAUUUGGGUUUUCGAUGAUAUGUUAUUUGUGAAUGCGGAAUUGGGUUAAGCGGAAAACGAAGGAAGAUUAUCCUUUUGUAGGAUAUUUUUUUAUUUUGAGUUUGUGGAAGGGUUAAUUUUGGUUUGGGAAAUUGAAUAUGGAUCAUGUCAUUGGUGGAAAGUUUAAGUUAGGCAGGAAGAUAGGUAGCGGAUCUUUUGGGGAGCUUUAUUUGGGAGCAAAUGUAACAAGUGGAGAAGAAGUUGCUGUGAAGCUGGAAUCAAUAAAAACUAAGCAUCCUCAGCUUCAUUACGAAUCAAAGAUCUAUAUGCUUUUACAGGGUGGAACGGGAAUUCCCCAUCUCAGGUACUUUGGAGUUGAAGGAGAAUACAAUGCCAUGGUUAUUGACCUUCUUGGCCCAAGCUUGGAAGACUUGUUCAACUAUUGCAAUAGGAAGUUCACCUUGAAAACAGUUCUAAUGCUUGCAGAUCAAUUCCUUAAUAGGGUUGAAUAUAUGCAUGCAAGAGGAUUUCUCCAUCGUGACAUAAAACCUGACAACUUCUUAAUGGGUUUAGGGCGUAAAGCAAAUCAGGUUUACAUCAUUGACUAUGGUCUUGCCAAAAAGUAUAGAGAUCUUCAUACACACAAACACAUACCAUAUAGGGAUAACAAGAACCUUACUGGCACAGCUCGUUACGCAAGUGUUAACACCCAUCGUGGAAUUGAGCAAAGCAGAAGAGAUGAUCUGGAGUCUGUUGGCUAUGUACUAAUGUAUUUCUUGAGGGGAAGCCUACCCUGGCAAGGACUGAAAGCUGGCACAAAGAAGCAGAAAUAUGACAGGAUAGCUGAGAAGAAAAUGCUUACACCUAUUGAGGUGCUUUGCAAAUCUUAUCCAUCAGAAUUCAUGUCGUAUUUUCAUUAUUGCCGAUCUUUGAGGUUCGAGGACAAGCCAGACUACUCAUACCUGAAGAGACUGUUCCGUGACCUCUUCAUUAGAGAAGGCUAUCAAUUCGACUAUGUAUUUGACUGGACUAUCUUGAAGUACCCGCACAUUGGUGGUUCCGGUGGUUCUAGAGGGCGACAACAAACUGCACGAUUGCCUUUGAACCCAGGACCAUCUGUUGAGAGAGCGGAAAAGACUCCAGUGAAGCAGGAAGUUCGAGAUAGGUCUUCUGGUGCUUUGGAGACGUUUGUUCGAAGGAAUCAUUCUGGUACUGGUUUGCAUGGUGAGCAUUCAAGGCACAGGUCAUCAGCUGAUAUGACAGUGUCCAAAGACAUGCAAGCUGAUGCUGAAAAAUGGCGUGGGUCUCGGACUGGUAGCUCCUCAAGGAAGGCUGUAGCGUCAAGCAGCAAGCCGAGCUCCACUGAACCCACAGAAAAUCGAACUCUGAGGCUGAGUUCAAGUAGUGGCCACUUGUCCUCUGCCCAAAGAGUGCAGCAGCCUGGACACGAGUCCAAAGCAUCGUCUUUCACACGUAAUGCUGCCACUAAAAGUGGUGGGCAGGACGAGGCACUUAGAAGUUUCGAGCUUCUGACAAUUGGCACAGGAAGAAGAAAAUAAGCACUCAGAGCUCUGUUUGUGGUAACUAAGCAAUCUUAUCUCGUCGUCAAAAUUGUUCCCCCCCUACCCUUACGUGCACAUAGCAGUGUUUUUGUCACCGAUAAAAUCGUUGAAUUUGGAUUUCCUACCAUUUGUAUCUGCCUAGAAUUCUUGCCAUCAACUUGUAAAAUCUCCAAAAUGGAUGAAGUAUCUUACUGAAGGGUACUUGAUUGUGCAUUUGGGACUAUUACCUUAUUUUAGCAUUUUUAUGUAAUCUGUUGCGCAAGUAAUAAGGUUCUUUUAAA